GCUAUGCCAAGACGUUUGCAGGAGACGUGGGCCACCUGUGGAAGACCUCAGACUCCCUGUUGGUUUGUCAGGAGCUGGUCAGGAAGGGAGUCAGGGGACUGAUUGAGUUGAUGAAGGAGGACUACAGCGAGAUGGUACAUAAGAAGUCAGAGGUCAUCCACGUCUGUCACUACUGCGCUCAGAUCCUGGAGAGGACAGAGCAGCUGUACGAGGUGUUACUGCAGGCCAAUAUGUUGUCGUCGUCAGAAUACGAUGAGAUCUCAGACAUGAGGAAGAAAAUAGUCCUUAUCUCUAACUCCUUAGUCCCCAUGGAGCAGACGGUUCAGGACAUCAAGAGUAAGUUCCUGUCAGGUGGUGUUCUGACGGACAGCUGGACUCAAGCUGGAACACACCCUGAAGACAGGAAGUAAGUAACGAGUGUGUUUUAGGGCUGUGACGAUACAAGUAUCCCCCCCCAAAAAAUCCAUGGGAAAAAUGAAAACACAAUGCCGACCGAACUCUUUUGGU